UUUAUGUCUGAUGAAAAAUCGGGAACAGCUGAGAUUUACAUCAAGCAGGACGCAUGGAUCAAAGCUAUAUUGAAUCUCCGAGACAAUGCUUUAAUUGUUCGCUUGCCUGAUGACUCUAACUUAUAUAAUGAUUAUAAUAAAUUAUUCACGGUUAACAAUGCUGAUACUCAACAGAAUUGCCUAUUAAAAUCAAAAGAAAAUCCAACUUCUGAGACAUUGCCAUUUCUAAAUUACAAUAAUUUCAAUUUAAAUUAUUCUAAACGUAAAAUAAGAAUUAUAAAAGAAUCAUCUGAUUUAGGUUUGGGUUUAAGUAUUAAAGGAGGAAAAGAAAAUAAAAUGCCCAUUUUAAUAAGCAAAAUUUUCAAAGGUAUGGCUGCUGAUAAAACAGGCACACUUUUGAUAGGAGACGCUAUAAUAAGUGUGAAUGGAACAGAUAUAACGGGCUUUACUCAUGAUGAAGCAGCUCAUAUUCUUAAAAACUCUGGCGAUGUUGUUGAUUUAGAAGUACAGUAUUUGAAAGAAUUUACACCAUACUUUAUUAAAUCCUCCAUAAUAAAUUCAAUUGGCUGGACCACUUAUGACAUGCCUUGUGAAUUUCUAAAUCCAAAUAUUCCCAUGGCUGAUAUUACCUGUAAUUUGGAUUGCAAAGCAAUUCCUUUAUUGCUUAGUUUUGUUUUUCUUCAUAACACUUUCAGUAAAACAAACAUUAAUAGUGCCAGUCAAAAUAAUGCUAAAUAUUCAAAUAAAUAUAACAAUGAUUAUAAUAUUAUUGAAGUUUUAUCACCAGAUUUAUUAAAUUCUAUCAUAAUUCGUUUUGAUAACUCAUUCCAAGCCUUUGAAUGGAUGUAUGACAUUCAUUAUACCCAAAAAAAUUUACUUUACAAUUGUAUAAUUUAUGCCAAUGAUAAUUACCCAGCAUUAGCUACAGAUUUACCGAUAAUAUUUAUGAAUUGGUUUUUGCAACAGGUCAAAACAAGCAGCGGUUCUUUGAUAUGGAAACCCGUGUUCCUAACCCUAAACGAGAAAGAUAUAAACGCUUAUGAUAAGGUUCCUUGGGUUGAAGAAGAUUGGGCUCGACCUAUUUACACCAUUCCAUUGCUAUCUUCCAGAACCUAUAUGGAAAAUUACUCUAAGUCAUUCCCCGAAUCGCAAACUAUAAGAACUACUCCCAAUCAUCGAAAUUCGUCCGUGCCCAACGUCGUUAUCAAUGAUGAUUCACCCAUCCUUGAAAAUGCUCCUUCCGAUAUUAGGGAUGAGGACCAUCGGCCGCCCCCCGAAAAUAAAAGUUCUGAAUCCCAUAUAGCCGAAAAGAUUCCUCCUAUGGCGUCCGGCAUGGCGUCUGUUCUCGACGGGAAAAAACGGGAGUUUUAUGCGCGUCACGAAAAUAUUCGCUUCACUUGUCGUGUUGGUACCCAGAGGGGCACUCACGCCAUCCGUUACGAAUCCGCUCCCCUUGGUGGCGAAGAUAGCCUUGAGUGGUGUCGCACGGUUAAAGCGGCAACGCUUCACGCUAUAAAAGAAGUGAGGGAGAUCGUUUGCGUUUGCACCUGGCGAAACGUCGAUUGCAAGCUAGUCAUAAAUUGCGCUACCGGAUUUUCUCUUUACCAACUCAAACUUCCAUUGUCCCCACCUUCCACACCAGUUUCCAAUUUUAACAGUGAUCUUUCCAAAAUUAUCGAAGCCAAUCAUCCUUAUGACGAUAAGAAUAUCCACGGAAAAGUCAAUCACACCAAAGACGAAGCGCGAAAUAGUACUUCUGAUAUCUUAGGAAACGGAAAGUUAAUUUGGCAUUACCCGUUCCAGGCCCUGAUAGCGUCUAGCGAUAACGGGGUGGACACCUUAAGCUUGCGUUUCGACGAACUUCAAAAAGACUGUAAUAAUAGUACUAAUAAGGCAAAUGGCCUCCUUAUCGAUUGUUCCAGUAAAGCCGAGAAUGUUACUCUUUGCGACAUCAAUCUCAAGUCCAAUCCAAAGCCAAUAGUAUUUAUUCUACAUAAUUUCUUGUACGCCAAGCUGUUGAGUAUGAAUGAAAAUGACAUUGAAUAAAAAAUAAAAAAAUAUCCACUUAAAAUUUCCUGAAUUAUAAUUUAUGUUUUUUUUUGUAAAAAACAAGAGCUUGAUUUUAUAUCAUCAUUCCUCUCCUGCUUCUAAGUUCUAUCUAUUAGAUAAAAAAAAUUAUAAAUACUCAUUGACAGAUUUAGCAAUGUAUCUUGUAGUUGUUAUAACAUUGUAUUAUCUCCUCUUUUUUUAUUGACCCGACCCUUUAACACCAAAGAUUUAUUAUAUUUAAUAUACUAUUUAUUAUUAUUGAAGAAAUAUAGUAAUUAUAUAGUAUAUUUUAAAAUUUAAUAUCAAAAUUCACAAAUUUUAAGGUACUUUCGAUAAGAGAAUCUAUCUAAAUAAUUCUACAUAUCUAAAUAUUAUUAAUAAAUUUUUUUUAAUCACUUUUUAUAUUAUAUAAUUGUAAAGUUUUAAAUCAAUAUUAUAAUUAUUUAUUUUGUAAGAGCAAUUUUUAACUAAGGCCCGUUUAUAGUAAUGAAAUGUAGUGAUGUCACUCAAACGAUGCGUAAGGUUGAAUUCAUAUUAGUAUGAUCCGACACGAUUUAACAGCUAGUCGAUUUUUAAAUCUGCUUUCUAGAUUAAUUUUCUUUAAUAUUAAUUUUGUUUUUAUUUUUAUUCAUGAUAAUAAUAAUUUAAGAAUUGUAAAUAUUAUUAAAGAAGAAUUGAUCUCUUAAAUUGAUUUUGAAAGCCGAUCAGCUGUUAAAUCAUGUCGGAUCCCACCAUGAAUUUAGCCUAAUUUACAAGGUGCAUAAUUUUAAAUACUAUAGCUAUGGUAUCCUUUAGAGAGAAUUAAGAAUCUCUUGACGCGAUAUCUUGCUGACUAUACACAAGGCCUAAGUCAAUACUUAACAAUUUUGCAAUAAAAAAAAUGAUAUUUAUACGUUUGAAGGCAUUAGCACCUUAUUGGAGAAAGUUUAUUUAAUGCCAUGACUAAUCUUAAAUAAUAUUUCGUUUAUAUCAUUGUAAUAUAUUUAAAAAUUUAGACGUCGUCAUAUAUAUUUUUUUUAUAAAUCUUUUCAAAAAGUCAUUCAUU